AUUGUUUCCAUUCACUUGGCUCCGCGUCAAAUGAGAGGCAGUAUAUCAUUUACAACUUAGACCCAAGUUCCCGCCUAAACUCAGUGUAUAUGAAAUGCUAGUCGGACAGGAUUGUCUUCCGGGUUGGGACAGACCGCCAAAACUUGGACAGCAGACAAGACCGAACUCUUGAAUUAUCAGCGUGUCUAACGCACCUGGGCUGAAGACGAUGCCGCCACCGACGCCACGUCGCUCCAAGCGGAACCUACAAAAGUUUCAGCUGGCUCCCCUGGUCACACCCUUCCGGAAACUUCUGCAGAAGAUCUCCCUGUCUAUGGAGGACGAUGACCUGAAGACCAUAAAAUCCCUAUUGUGGGACACUCAGAACGAGGAGAAACGAGAGAAGUACAGAAACUGUGAAACUGCCAUUGAGGUGUUUCUGCACUUGGAGGAAGAAAAUCGGACCGGAGAUAACGAUGAAGACAGGCUUGAAUACAUCCUCCGGCUGCUAGAGGACACUCAGAAUUUCCACAGGGAGUACUUCAAGGAUGACAUAGACGCUUACAAAGUCGAGCUAGAAAACCAGGAGAAUCUUCAGCGAGAUCAGGUGACCCUUGACCUCGUGGGGCGGGAUGAUGACAUGAAUGCUCUUCUGGAGAAAAUCGACGCCGACCAGAGGGAACAUGUGAAGGUGGUCAGCAUUACCGGCCUCGGCGGGGUUGGGAAAACUACCUUUGCACACCAUGCAUGCGCACAGCAAGAGAGGGAAGAGAUUUUCAUUGACCUGCGAGAGGUGACGACCGUGGAAAAUGUACAUCUGAAGAUUAUGCGAGAGUUUGGCUUCCCACUGAUCGACUGUGAGCCGGAAAGGGUGUACGAGACGAUCCGGAGCUACAGUGGAUCAGAGUCUGUUAUCAUUCUGGACAACGCAGAUGGCCUGCUGGAGAAAAGAGAAACAAGGGAAGACUUUCUCAACACCUUGGUCAAGUUUGAAAAGCAACGAAAUUCCCAGAUCCAGAUAUUUGUAACCACUCGAGUCCAUCUCAUUGACGAUGACUCCCCGUUCACCAGCCUGAUCCUGUGUCAGCUGGACGUGUUGCGGGAGGGAGGGGUGGAGCUGGUGCGGAAACUGGCGGGGAGGAACGUCAUAACACCCGGAGAUGCCAAGGUGUUGGCUGACAGAUGCGGAAAUUGGCCAAUCGCGAUCAAGAUCGUCUGCAGCCAGCUCCGGGAUGGUGCCGUGAAGCCAGCAGACAUGCUGAACAGGCUGCAAACGUUACAGAACAUUAAGGAGAUCCGUGAGUUCAUGCUACAAGCCUACAACUCCAUGCCCGUGCGGCUCCAACACGUGCUGGUGCAGGUCUCCGUGUUUGCAGGACCGUUCACUGAGGAGGCUGCUCAGGAGGUCCUGGGCGGCGGGAAGGUCGGCUUCUUCCUGUGGGAGCUGAAGAUGCGUAACCUGAUCAGUGCGUCCCCUGCCGGUCCACCGCGGUACGACAUGCAUGAUUUGCUUCGUACCUUCCUAUCUUCUCUGCGCGUCAACAGGAACUUUGGCGUCGGACAGAUCAUAGAAAAAGCAGAAUACCACUUUAAAAGGUACUACGAGGGCCGCAUGCGUGACGUCGCCAAAACCAUGAAGUCAGACUUGGAAAGGGCGCUGAAAGAGUACGACGAGGACUCGGCAAACUUCUCACAAUUUCUACACUUGGUGGUGGGUGAGACAACCGACGUUCAUGAGAGGACCAAACAUACAGAAGGCGAUGACCGGUUCUGGCUGGACCCGGCAGAGUCAGAGAGCGCGCACCAGGCGUCAGUAGGAGUGUUACUGGAGCAGAUGCUGACUGUGGACGAGCGGAUCCGCUUCUACAACAGCCGCAUGAACGCAGCAAAAGAACAGGGGAAGUGGCAGUGUGCAGCAGAGAUGAUGUGCUGGCUGGCUGAGAACAUCCUUCAGAACCAGAGUUUCCAGGCGGCCAGGCGGUUUCUGGACGAGGCGUUCAAAACGCUGCAGGACCUGCCGAACGGAGGGAGGGAGACCGUCCAGCUCAGCUUCGCGCGCUAUCACUACGUGGAAGGCGUGUAUUACAGCCAGCUGGGGCAGUACGAAGAGAAUGUCCAGCAGCUUCAGAAGGCUUUUGAGAUUCAAUCGGAGAUCUUAGGAGAUGACAUCAUGACCGCUCGGACGGUGAACUCUCUGGGGUUCGCUCACCACCGUCACGCCAGAACGGUGGACAGGGAUCCAGUGGAGUACGUGAACAUUCUCAACCAAGGACUGGAGAGGCACCGACAAGCGUACGAAAUGGUUCAAAGAGCCAUAGGGUCUGACCAGCACAUCGACUGCCCCACCUACCUGAUGAACAUCGGCACCAUUUACCUGGACAUGGGCUGGUAUUACUCCAGAGAGAACAUAUGGGCGCUCAGCUCACAGAACUUCGACAAGGCGCUGGAAUACUUCGACAAAGCAGUGGACCUCGAGAAACGGAUGAAAACCGAGGGCCAGAGUAACAGUGGCCUUCUCCACUAUAACAUGGCCCGCUGUUACCAGGCCAAGCGGCAGUACGACAACGCCAUCAGCCAAGGCCAACAGGCACUGGACAUCUUCAGAAAGAAUUACGAUCGGCAUCCAGACAUCGCCGAUACCGUGUACCUGAUAGGAAAAUUCCACCACGAGAAGAAGGACUAUGAAUCCGCCAGGAAGUUGUACAUGGAAAGUCUGGAACUAAACAAAGAUCUGGGUGACCGUAGAGUGGAUUGGGAGUGGGGUCUUCUGAAGGACGCCAUUCUGACACUGUGUGACGACACCAAGGAAGACUUCCAAAGGAAAUUUGAUGAAAUUGAAGGCAAAAAGAAGGUCCCAGAAGAAACUAUCGCCUCCAUCAAAACUGAAGAACAACCUGUAAAGAUCAUCAAGGGAUGGCGGUACUACUGCACCGUGCAGUGAUCAUGGUCGAGGUAGAUAAACAGCCGUAUGUCUGCCGUGUAAGACGAACUG